AUGCAUUGCAUCCCCCCAUCAUCGGUCAACCCUCACGAGAUGCCAGCUCUCCCAAUGGGCUUCCCCGUCGAUACCCUGUACAACACUGUGCCGCCAGAUGCUUUUCUCGCCGACAUAUCCACCAUUGGAAGCACCGGUCUCUUGUUUACAGGAGCCAGUCAAGCACCGCUUCUGGGUUACGGGCCCUACCAACAGACCUGCUUUUCUGACUGGCCUCUGCAAACUGUGCCAGAGGCGACAUUUCCCUCAAUCCUUCCCAGCCAGAACUUUAUCCCAGAACUGAGGCCGCAAUUUAUGGAAGACAUCCUGCCCUUGGCUGCGGAGACCUAUUCCGGACAUCUGGAAGAACACCCGAAUCAUAGAUGGCAACCAGUCAGUCAAUCAAUACAUUCCCAAGAGUUGCAAGCUGUGAACCCUGCUGAUUCGAUUGCAGUUAUAACCGAUCGAAAAUAUGUGACCUUCGUGAAGACAGUUCGUCCUGACCGAUUCAAGCCAUAG